UUUAUAGUGUUUAAAACUUUAUAUCUAAACUUAAUAUAAGGUAUGACUCCUUCGAUUGUAUCUGUUCUUUUUGCUGGAUAUCUGGCCUCCUGUAGCAAGGGAUCUGUUUUUGCAGAAAUAGCUGCUGUACUUCUAGGAGGUGGCUAUGGUGGAAAAAGUGAAUCUUAUCCCUGUGAUGUGGCAAUAGGAGAUAUCGGUAUUGUAUCAGGCCCAGGAGCUGCAGUUCUAAAUGGACAAAUUGUUUACUGUGGGGGAUGGAAGAGUGAAUAUCUCAGUAACUGCUUCAAGAAUGAGGGUUUGGAUUGGAUAGAGUUUGAAAGUAUGAAUGUAGAAAGAGAAUUCUUUACACUGACUACUCAAGGGGACAAAUUACUUGCAACUGGAGGAUAUAAUUCAAAGGGAGAACUGUUUCUGUGGAGGUAUUUGAUGGAACCUCCUGGGAGAUCCAAAGCUAUAGAUUGACAUCUGACAGAGAAAUGCACUGUGCUGUUCCUAUCAGUGAACUUGAGGUAAUAUUGAUUGGAGGACAGGAUGAAGACUUCCCCUCCCCAUCUUCUUUAGUAGAAAUCUACAGCAUUGAAGAGGGUUUCAUUUCAAAGCUCCCAUCCAUGCCAACGGCAAGAUUUGGACUGGGAUGCAGCUUGUUUAAGGACGAAAUAUGGACAGCUGGAGGAAGCGCUGAUGGUUUUGAAAAACUAGAUGUUGUAGAAGUCCUGUCACUGGUUACAAACAUCUGGAGGAGUGGCCCUACGCUAACCAGGGGGAGAUACUUCCUCACAAUGGAAGUGUUGGACAGCAGCUUGGUAGUCUUUGGAGGCUUGGGAGGUGAAGACAGCCUGGAGACGCUGAAUGGAGAAGAAUGGAGAGAAGAACCUCUUCAGUAUCAACAUGAUGGACAUGCCUCUGUAUCAGUUCAAUGUAAUUGAUUCAGAAGUAUUUUCAUUCUAUUAUACCUUAUUUGAUUAUUUGGUAUAAAAUAUUGUCUUUUCUAAAAAUAAAAUGGAUUCAAUACCUCUU